AUGCCAUCCUUCAACAUGGAUGAGCAGGGAGUGGCGGCCGGCUGGCCGGCGGCCAGCAACCGGGGGCGAUGGGCGGCGGGGUGCGGCGGCGGGGUCGUCGAGCGGCGGCUGUCUAGGGGGCGGGGUGUGGUGGGCGGCCGGGGCACCGGGAGGCGGCCAGCGACCGAGGGCAGUGGACGGCCGACCAACGGAAGGCGGACGGCUGGCCAGCAGCCGGCAACCUGGGGUGACGGGCGGCGGGCGGCGGCGGUCGGGGUCAUCGGGCGGCAGCCGUCCUGGGGUGGGGGUGUGGCGGGCGGCCGGGGGCAUCGGGCCGGCGGCCAUCCGGGGGGCGGGGUGUGGCGGGCGGCCAGGGGCGCCGGGAGGUGGGUCGGCGACCGAGGGCGGCGGCCGGCGAGCCGGCGGAUGGCGGACGGCGGGCCAGCAGCCGGCAACCUGGGGCGACGGGCGUCGGGUGGCGGCGGUCAGGGUCGUCAGGCGGCGGCCGUCUGGGGACGGGGGUGUGGCGGGCGGCCGGGGGCGCCGGGUCGGCGGGAAGCGGACCGGCGUCCGGGGCCGGCGGAUGGCGGGCCGACGGACAGCGGAUGGCGGGCCGGCGGACAGCGUUCGGUGGCGACGGGCGGCGGGGUGCGGCGCCGGGUCGGCGGGAAGCGGACCGGCGUCCGGGGCCGGCGGAUGGUGGGCCGGCGGACAGCGACGGGCGGCGGGGUGCGGCGACGGGUCGGUGACGGGAGGAGCGGACAGACGUGA